CGCAGGCAGUUUAAGGCUGCCCGGAGGCCGUCCUUUCCUUGCGGUGCGCCCGGUUGCGCGGGGGCAGCGGGCGGGCGGGCGCGCGCAGCGCGGGCGCGUGGCCGAGCGGCAUGGCGUGGCCCUGCAUCAGUCGUCUGUGCUGCCUGGCCCGGCGCUGGAACCAGCUGGACCGCUCGGACGUAGCGGUGCCGCUGACUCUGCACGGCUACUCGGACCCCGGGAGCGAGGGGCCGGCCGCGGACUGCACAGCCUCGCGUGGGAGCCCGUCUGUCGCAGGCGCGCGGGAGCCCAGUCGCGCCGUGCCGCUCACCCAGUACCAGCGCGACUUCGGCGUGCGGACCGCGCGCGCGGGGACCCGGGAUGAGCGCGUGCCCGGGUCGGGCGGCCGCAGGGGCCAGUCUUCGGCGACCCCCGCCCGGGCGGUCUACGUACUACCCGUCGGGGACGCGGACGCAGCUGCUGUAGCGACCACGUCUUAUAGGCAGGAAUUCCAAGCUUGGACUGGAGUGAAGCCCUCAAGAUCCACAAAGGCCAGAUCGGCCAGAGUCAUCACAACGCACAGCUGUGGAUGGGACCCCAAUCCUGGGGCCAAGUUCCAGGUUCCAGAAGUGAGAAAAUUCACACCCAACCCCUCAGCCAUCUUUCAGACAUCGGCUCCCCGGACUCUCAAUGUGUGACCAGUGGAAACCAGUGGAAACCGUGGCUGCUGGGAAAGCUGCGGACUUCCAGACCUCCAGAAGGGGGACUGGCUUGAUCCUUGGCUGACCGGAGCAGCAUGGCUGCCGACUCUGCCUGUGGUGUGGAGUGGAGGCAGAAGGCACACCGGCAGAACACCACCAGCUGCACGCGGCCUCUUCCCCUCCUCCUCAAGCAGUGUGUGUGGGGAAAACUUGAUCUUUUAAAUUGCCAUUUGGCACCUUUCAAUUUUUAAAUAUGAGGUUCAAUUCGGCUGUGACCUGAACUGCUCCAGACUGAAAAGUAUGCAUAUAUCAAGUCCUUGGUAGACCAGUUACCAACUUUGGGUGGUUUUCCCAAGAUGCAUGUUAACUUAUUUGAUAGCCUAUGGUAGUCCCAGGCAGUUUUCUCAUCUCUUUCUACAAUGCCCCACAUGCUUACAUUAAGAAAUCUUAGCCAGGCAACGGUGGCACAUAUCUUUAAUCCCAGUGGAAACAGAGGUAGGGAGAGCUCUGUGAUCUUGAGGCCAGCCUGGUCUACAGAGUGAAUCCCAGGACAGUCAGGGCUACACAGAGAAAACUUGUCUCAAAACACAUACACACACAUGGGGUAAAAAAAAAAAAAAUCAACCUUAGGUUAUCAGGAGUGACGCCUUUAAUCCCAGCACUCUAGAGGCAGAGGUAAGAGGAUCUCUAUGAGCUCAAUGCCAGCCUGGUCUACAUAGCAAGUUCCGGGAGGGGCUGCGUUUCAAAAGAACAACAAUAUCUUAAGUUCUUAAAAAAUACAUAUGACCACCUGCACAUGAGUCUCAUGGUGGUAAUAUAUAUCCAGGCAGAAAUUUCAUAUAUACAUAUUACACACAGAGAUGGAAAUAUAUCUGUAUAUAUAUGGAAUACACACAGUGGUGAAAUACAUCCAGGGAGAUCAUC